AUGCAGGGUGAUUUUCCCUGCAAAAACCCGACUACUCUCAAAGGAAAAGAGCCUUCUUGGAAUAACCUGGUUUCUCUUUGCGACCUGGAUGACGCACAGCUGACGGCUGGUGCUGACGCCAGCGAAACGGCGGAUGACGUCAGCGCGAGUCGUCUGAGCGGCUACGGAAGCGGCCAAUGUGAAGCUGAUUCCAGCACGGAGGAGGGAGAUGCUAAUAACGAGGAUGGGGCGAACGGACAUUUUGGCCUGGAGCUGGGUACUGGGCUGUUUGCUAUGGAGAGAACUGAAGUGGAGGGGACUAAAAAGGAGGGGAUUGAAACGGAGGGGAUGGAAGAGAAGGUAUCAGAAGAAACUUGUCUUGAUGGGGCUGGCAAGGAGGAACAGAAUGAGGGCCUAUUGACCCGAAAAGACGAGAAAAACAACCGCGACAAGGUAGCCGACAGCUUUAUCGCAUCAGCAUUGCUCGAUCAUGAGCCGUUGGCGCUGCAGCCGUCUUCAAACCCACCUGUUUUUUUCAACUAUGCACGCACGACUACCCCUGCCUCCACCUCCCUUGUCUCUGCUUCUCCCUCUGCCUGUGCCGAACGCACGCCUGUUGCUGCCGCUGCCUGUGCCACGUCAGCAUCCGUGUUUCUCCCCACCCCCAUGGAGCCCACCGUUCCCAGCUGGCAUGUGGUAACAGGGUUGCCAGCUCUGGUGCUCCCCCCUCCUGGCGGCUACGCCAGCACGAGCAGUGAUGAUUGCAACUGUGGGUGCAGCACGGGUUACGACACUGGUUACCACACAGUCUUAAACGAUGACUGCAAGGGAGAUUGCAAGGGGGAGUGCAACAGCAGAGGUUCAUCCUGCCUGUAUGAGUCCACCGUUCCCCCUGGCUUGCCAAGCACGCCCCCCCGACACGACACCAUGAUGUUUCCCGUGUUUCCCCCGUGUGGAACCAACUCAGAGGAGCAGCGGCAGUUUAAGGCGACUGCUGCCAGGGGGACAAUUAUAGGCGCUGCUCAGAAUGUUUUCACUGUCAAGAAAGAGGAGAAAGUUGACCUGGACGCUGACAUGGAUGCUGACGUGGGCGCUGACGUGGCUGCUGACGUGGACGCGAGCAGCAGAGCGACUCGGGGAUACGGGUACUCGAAGCCAGGGAGUGGAGGAGCGGUGCCAAGGACUGCUGCUGCCAUGCAGAAAUCCAGGCGGCGGGCGGCCAACAGAGCGUCAGCCAAGCGCAUCCGCAUUCGACAGCAGCAGCACCUGCAGAAACUGGAAUGCGAGACGCGUGAGCUCACAGCGCUGUGCAAGGCGAUGAGAGCGGACCUGGCAGAGGCGAGCCGGCAGCCAACACGUGCACAGCUCUGCACCGCUCUGCAGGACGAUGAAAGCAGAAGUGGCAGAGGCGAGCAGGCAGGUGGCGGCUCAGAUGAAGCAGAACGAGGCGCUGGUGGAGGAGAAGCAGCGGCUGCCGCUGCUGCUGGGGGAGAGAUAGACCAGUGGGCUGCUGGGCUGCUGAAAUCUAUUAUCACCAUUCAUGGUAAGUUAAGUUUUGGGCACCAGUCUCGUUCCAUGCCUCUCCUACCUCUGCUGCCUCCUGCUUCCCAUACUCUCAUCGCCCCUUACCCGCUCGCCCUCUUCCUCCUGCUUCCCAUACUCUCAUCGCCCCUUACCCGCUCGCCCUCUUCCUCCUGCUUCCCAUACUCUCAUCGCCCCUUACCCGCUCGCCCUCUUCCUCCUGCUUCCCAUACUCUCAUCGCCCCUUACCCGCUCGCCCUCUUCCUUCUGCUUCCCAUACUCUCAUCGCCCCUUACCCGCUCGCCCUCUUCCUCCUGCUUCCCAUACUCUCAUCGCCCCUUACCCGCUCGCCCUCUUCCUCCUGCUUCCCAUACUCUCAUCGCCCCUUACCCGCUCGCCCUCUUCCUUCUGCUUCCCAUACUCUCAUCGCCCCUUACCCGCUCGCCCUCUUCCUCCUGCUUCCCAUACUCUCAUCGCCCCUUACCCGCUCGCCCUCUUCCUCCUGCUUCCCAUACUCUCAUCGCCCCUUACCCGUUCGCCCUCUUCCUCCUGCUUCCCAUACUCUCAUCGCCCCUUACCCGCUCGCCCUCUUCCUCCUGCACCUCCGUCUCCUCCUGCACCUCCGUCUUGCCUUGCCUCCUGCCUUGCCUCUGCUGCCUCCUGCUCUCAUCGCCCCUUCCCCACUCGCCCUGCACUGCCACUCCCUGCCUUUGCUCCUCCGCCUCCUCCCUUUGCUCCUCCACCUCCUCCCCCCGCACCUGCCCCCUUCUGUAG